GCUGCAUCCUCAUUGUUAAUUUUUUGUUUACUUUUUUUAAAGUGAAAUUUCCGUCAUAAAUUGAUUUAAAAUAUAAUCAAACACAGACAGUUGGAGUUGGAGAGAUGGAGAACCUUAAAAUUUCAGACCCAGCAGCAGCCGGAGAUGCUGGGAAUGCCCAGCUGAAUGGUGGCCACAACCAGGAAGCCGGUGGAAAUGCAUCAUUCACCUCACACAUGACCAUAUUGGACAAUGGACCUGCACAGUUUAUAGUGAGGGUCCUCAAGAUGAAUGGCAGCACAAUGCUGAUUAUAAAUUCAAAAGAAUGUGAGGUUUUCGAUGAGCUGGCUGUUGGCAUGCCCCCACGCGACUCUACCAAAACCGAUGCACUUUCGUCGACCAUUAUGGGUGGUUACGGUCAAACUGAAUCAUCUGUGCUGGCCGCCAAGCUGGGCAAGCGCUACCGCCGGCAGUUCUUUGUGAGCUUAAAUAUUGGAGGAGAUCGUCUGGUGACUCCGUUGUUCGAAAAAUCGCUCGUCACCUACAUGCAGAACCAUCUGGAUCACUUCGUAUAGCCCUCGUAUGCAUAGCCAGCAUUGAUGACACUGCGCCGUGUGGGGGUCACAGACGUUGGGUGCGUUUAUUUUGGUGAUUUCUGGCGACCCCACGGACGCCACACUCUCGCCGCACUCCGAACUCCAUUCUCCGCUCAGGCGACGACAACAACACAACACAGCCCGCGACAUGCGUCGGUCGAGUGAGCGCGAACUUUAAAAGUACAUCAACGAAAUUGUUUAGUCUAAUAAAUUUAUUGCCCCCAAAAAGUAA